AUGGAUAUCACAAAAGGAAGCCUAGAUGAAAUUGCAAGGCCGUCUUCUAACUCAAGAAUUAAUCACAGAAGCAAAGCUUUAAGUGCAUCCUUGGAGUUUUUAACACCAGACCCAGACAUUCCUAAGGAAUGUUCCCAUGAUCUUUACAAUAUUCCCACAGAAGAUGGUUUAAAAGAAAAUGAUGAUGAAAAUGAAAAGGAAUAUGAAACCAAAACAAUGAAUACUUCAGGUGAAAUAUCUGAAGAAAAAACAAUCUGUACUUUCCAGCAGUUGAUACAAAAUACAAUUCAGGUGACAGAGAAGCACAGCAAGAUCUUUGAACAUAAUGAGAAAGAGGUGAAGGAACAAGAUAGUGUUUCAAAUUAUAACAGUGAUGUUGAUUCCAUGAAUGGCUUCAGCUUUCCAACCUAUAUUUCAGGUUCAGCCGAUUCUGAAGAUGACGGUGCAGAAAGCAAGCUUUCCAGCUGCAGCAAUGUUCCUCAGGAUAAACAAGCUAAAUUACAUAGAGUUAAGCUGGAAGACUCUAAAGAGAGCAAGGUAGACUGUCUCAUCCAACAAGCCAUAGAGAAGAUGAAAAGGUUGGACCAGAUAUUGGCAAACAAACAAUCUCAAGAAAAAGCAGUUAAAAAACAAGGGAAAGAGAUGAGAACAAAACUGUGGGAAGAACUUCAGUCUAUGACAUCUCAAAGUUUCUCAGUGGCUACUGAAGAGGCUGAAAACACCAGCAGGUUUUUAGCUUUGGCCUCUGAAACAUCUGAGCCUGCUGCAGUUGAUGAAGAUGAAAUGUUUAUUGGUGUAUUUCACACACAGAUUAAUUCAGAAAAUUAUGAAUACAGAGGAAGACCAGUCAAGCAAGGUUGUUUAAAUGCAGAGAGAACAAGAAGCUCAAUGAGGAAAACAGAGAACAUGCACCAGAAGACUGAAACAAGUCCUAAAAACCCAAAUAAUUUUAUUAAAAAGAACAUAGAGUUGGUCAAGGAGUUUGGGAAUCAAGUGGUUAUGCUGGAGGAAGAAAAGAAGAGACUAUCAGAAUUGCUGAAAGAUACUGGAGAUGACAGAUGUGAACUGCAAGUUCUUGAGGGAGAAGCAAAUGGAUGGUUAGUACCAGGUGAAGGAUAUACUCCAGAACCAAUGGAAUAUCAUUAUCUCACAGAACUCGAGGCUAAACUCAAAGUAGUAAUCUCAGAUGGAGAUUUUUCUACUAUUCAAAGUUCCUUUUCUAAAGUCCCCAAACAGAUUUAUCAGGAGUCUCUGGCUUAUGCAAACAGAGAGCUGGAAACUGUUCCAGGUGAAAAGGUUUUAAGAGACACUAAAGAAGAGCGUAAUCAACAAAACCGGCUCAAAGAGAUUGAUCAGCAGCUGAAAAACCUAGAGAGGACUGCAGAUGUACUGCCUUCUGUCUCAAAAGAGCGGCUUAAUGUCCUUUUGGAAGAAUAUAUGCAACCUCAAAGAACAAUAACCAGACUUUUCCUGACAGCACCUGAGGGAUCAUUUUUUGAUGGAAUGAGCCCUCGAUUUGACCAAUCUGAAAACUCUACUCCAGAACCCAAGAAUGACCUGUUAGAUGACACUCAUGGUGUGGGAAUGUUUAGAAAGCAAGAAGUGGCUGAAACUAUGGGUGAAGAUGUAUAUUCAAAGGAAACACUGGAAACCACUGACUGUAAUGACAGCAAGGCAUUAGUGGUGUCGCAGUUGUCAGAGGAACCUGUGGCUGAGAAAAAAGAAAAUGAUGACCAAGAAGUUCAACAGGAGAUGCUGUGUACUAGUAAUUCUGCAGGAUACUUCAUGUCAAUAGCCCUCAGCACAGACAAGCCAAAAAAGCCCUCUUUUCUUGAUGAACCUUUUUAUUGUACCAGCACGAACAAUGAGUUAUCCACAGAUGUCGACAUUCCUGGCAUACUGUUGAAAACCAGAGGAGGUGAGGUUCUUAAUAAACCUGUGGAAUAA